CUGAAUGGACCUUUUUAAGGGUUCGAAUGGGAAAUGUUUGAGUAUCGACUAUUUUCAUUUUUUACUCUGCUCACACCUCUUAAUUCAUGUUCAUUGAACUGUAAUUUUUCAUAUUCAUUGGAUUGUAUCCGUUCAGCCAUGGUCAAGAUAACCAAAAAGAUUAUGUUCAUCACCAUGUUUGGCGAACAUAUGUUGCGAAGGAAAAAGAGAAGUGAAUCCGACUUAAAUCGAUUGAAUCGAGCUCUUUGCGUUCAGUUAGUGCUUAGUGAACUUAGUGUAGUGAACUAUAGUUGUAGUUUAAGUAGGAUGAACUUCAUCAACACCCUGUUUCAUAUUAUUGGGGCAUAUUUGACCAGAAUGCUGCUGCCAGAUGUAGAGAAAAUGGUAAGGCUUGCUGUAGCAAUCCUCACAUUAUACUUGCCACUGGUCGCAGUCGGUGGAACAUUUUGUUUUCUCACCGGAAGCGACGUGGAACAAGCAAUAACGUCAUGGUAUACACAGAAAAUAAUGGCAACGUACAAUGUAUUUUACGAAAGGGAUGAAAAAUCCAUCGACACACCGUCCUGAUAAAAAUAUGUGAUAUUAUUAAUUAUUACAGAUAAUUAAGAUUGCGAUAUCGAACAAUAAAAAUAAAUUAUGAUAAUAUAAUUUACUAAGCUUACCUUAAUGUCUAGAUGUUUUGUUUCUU